AUGAGGAUGGGGAAGGCAGCCGCGCGCCCGUGUCUGCUGCCGGUGCUACUGCUGGUUCUGCUGUUUGUCGGACCCACGUGGGCGCAGUGGUGGUGGCCGUGGGGAGGCUCCAGGGCCAGGCCGACCGCCGCCGCCAAAACCACCAUCGCUGCUCCACGGACGACGACUAUGGCAGGGUCCCCGACCUCAUCUCCACCGCACAUCACCCCUCGCCCUGCUGAGGGGGGAGACAGCAAGUCCAAGGCUAAGAAAAGGCCACUCAAAAUGUGGAAGAACGAGCGAGGAUCCAAAGACCACCUGGACCUAACAGAGUUAAUCGGAGUUCCUCUCCCUCCGUCAGUCUCCUUCAUCACGGGUUAUGAAGGCUUCCCUGCCUACAGCUUUGGGCCCAAUGCCAACAUCGGCCGGCUGACUAAGACAUUCGUGCCAGACCCCUUUUUCCGCGACUUUGCCAUCAUCGCCACCGUCAAGCCCACUGCGAAAGGCGGGGUGCUGUUCGCCAUCACUGACGCCUUCCAGAAGGUGGUGUACCUGGGCCUGACGCUGAGCGCGGUGGAGGACCAGACCCAAAAGAUCACGCUGCUCUACGGCGAGCCGGGGUCCUCGACGGAGGAGGCAUCCUUCAAGGUGCCCGACAUGGCGGACAGGUGGAGCCGCUUCACGCUGACGCUGCAGGAGGAGGAGGUGCGGCUCUACAUGGACUGCGAGGAGUACCACACCGCCGCCAUCCGCCGCAGCGCGCCACGACUGCGCUUUGAGUCCGGCUCUGGCAUCUUCGUGGGGAACGCCGGGGCCACCGGCAUGGAGAAGUUUGUGGGUGCCAUACAGCAGCUGGUGAUAAAGCCUGACCCCAGAGCAGCAGAGGAGCAGUGUGAAGAGGAUGACCCCUACGCUUCAGGAGACAGCAGCGGGGAGGACACCCUGGAUGACAGGGAAACUGUGGAGGAGACGAAGAAGGCCAUGCUGGAGAGAGAGCGGGUGGAGGACCCGCUCAGCGUGCCGGUGAGAGCCCCACCCACAGAGGUAUCCCACGGAGAGGAAGCGGACGAGUACUCAGGGCUCCUGACAUCCACCCAGGAAGCCCAGGUUCUGCUGACUGCAGAGAGAGCAACAAGCCAAAAGGAGGCCCUGGGAGAGGAACCUGAGAGCGCAUCUUCUCACUUUGGACAGAAAGGGGAGAGAGGGGAUCCAGGGCUCCCUGGUCCUCCAGGCCCUCGUGGUCCCCCUGGCUCCUCUGGAGAUGAGCAUGUAGGCAUGGGUGAGCCUGGCCCCAGAGGCCCCCAGGGGCCGACAGGGCCCCCUGGAUCUCCAGGAAACCCGGGGAGAGAUGGCCAGCCGGGAAUCCGGGGUGAAGAUGGUGAUCCAGGACCGCCUGGGUUUCCAGGACUGGCGGGAGAAUCAGGAGCAAAGGGAGAAAAGGGUGACCCUGGGGUUGGUCUCCCCGGCCCUCCGGGACCCCCUGGACCACCUGGCCCGGGUGGCUCGGCCAGGUUUCGGGGGGGUGUGGGCGCUUACGGCUCAGGGUUUGACGACUUUGACAGCGACGCUGAGCUCAUCCGUGGUCCCCCUGGUCCUCCAGGCCCCCCAGGAGAGCCCGGUCCUCCUGGUCCAAGUGGGCCAUUUGGGCCCCCAGACAGUCUGCUCCCGGGCCCCCCGGGCCCACCUGGCAUCCCAGGGAGGGAUGGGAAGGAUGGCUUCAUAGGUAGACCUGGGCUGCCGGUGUUUGAGGAGUGGUUUAGUGGUUCUGGUUCUGAAUCUGGGUUUGCGUCUGGAGAGGGUGCCCCAGGCAGUCCGGGACCCAUAGGACCAAUGGGGCGUAUCGGGCAAAGAGGGAUCCCUGGCCCCCAGGGGCCUCCAGGUCCUCCUGGGCCCCCAGGAAGGGGUUUCAGCAUUGACAUGGAGGACAUGGAGGGGUCUGGGAGACAGGUCAUAUUUGGAGCAGGGGGAUCAAUAGGACCCCCGGGUCCUCCAGGCCCUCCUGGCCCCCCAGGACCGAAGGGCCGAGAUGGGGUAGACGGGACGCCUGGCGGUGCUCUGAAGGGAGAGCCCGGUGCUCCAGGGAGAGAUGGAAAUCCUGGACUGCCAGGAUUACCAGGAGCUCAGGGGUUAAGGGGAGAGAAAGGCAGUGCUGGACCGAAGGGGGAGCGCGGACUGGAUGGACUCAGCAUCACUGGGCCCCCAGGGCCGCCUGGACCCCCAGGCCCGAUAAUUAACCUGCAGGACCUGUACCUCAAUGGCACGCAAGACCUCUUCAACUUCAGCGAGAUUCAAGGCCCGUCUGGUCCUAAGGGCCAAAAGGGAUCAAGGGGUAACCUCGGACUGCCUGGUAUCCAGGGGCUUCCAGGGCUGAAGGGUGAGAAAGGAGAGCCGGGAAUCGCCAUCGCUGCCGACAGCUCCUCACUCCUGGGAGGGCCACAGGGGCCCAAAGGAAUCAAGGGUGACCGUGGCAUCCCUGGAGAAGCUGGAGCUAUGGGACCAAUCGGGCCACCUGGACCUAAAGGAGAAUUUGGCUUCCCCGGUCGCCCAGGUCGUCCAGGAAUGCUGGGAAAGAAGGGGGAGAAAGGAGAUUCUGCUAGUUCGCCAGGUCUCCCUGGCCCUCCUGGCCCCCCUGGCCCUCCGGGACCUCCAGGACCUCCCAUAAACAUCAACGGAGGGGGUAGAGGGACUAAAGGAGAAAGGGGAGAGAAGGGAGAGAAGGGCGAUGCCGGUUUGCCAGGGCCACCUGGCCCCCCUGGGAAGGCAGGCCUGGUGGGGCCCAAAGGUGAAUCCAUCGUCGGACCCCAGGGUGAGCCUGGGACACCGGGCCGACCUGGACCCCCGGGUUUGGGCAGACCAGGACAGCGAGGCCCACCCGGACCUCAAGGACCCCCCGGGCCACCCUCACUCUACGGCUCAGCCGUCGCCCUCCCCGGACCCCCUGGCCCCCCUGGAAUGCCUGGUGUUCCUGGCCACGGAAACCCAGUCACUACAUAUAAAAGCGUGGAGACUCUGCUGAGGGAGACGCAGCACGCGGCGGAGGGCACCAUGGCCUACGUCUCCGACCGGAGCGAGCUCUACAUCCGAGUGCGAGAGGGCUGGAGGAGGGUGCAGCUUGGAGAGCUGGUCCCCAUCCCAGCGGACAGCCCGUCUGCCUCUGCCUCCCAGGUAUUGGGCAGCCCAGAGGAGCACUCCAGCCUCUCCACACACAAGCCUCCCCUCCACCUGGUGGCCCUGAAUUCACCGUUUUCAGGCAACAUGAGGGGAAUCCGGGGGGCAGACUUCCUUUGCUACCAGCAGGCCCGCGCCGUGGGGCUGGUGACCACGUACAGGGCCUUCCUGUCCUCACACCUACAGGACCUGGCCACCGUAGUGAAGAAGAGCAACCACUUCAGCAUGCCCAUCGUCAACCUCAAGGGAGAAGUGCUCUUCAACAACUGGAUGUCCAUCUUCGCUGGAAACGGGGGCAUAUUCGAUCCCCUGAUCCCCAUCUACUCCUUUGAUGGGCGGAAUGUGAUGGUGGAUCCAUCCUGGCCUCAGAAGAUGGUGUGGCACGGCUCCAGCGCCGCGGGCGUCCGCAUGACGUCCAGCUACUGCGAGGCGUGGCGGGCGGGCGACAUGGCGGUGACGGGCCAGGCCUCCCACCUGCAGAGCGGUCGGCUGCUGGGUCAGCACCCCCGCAGCUGCUCCAACCACUUCAUCGUGCUGUGCAUCGAGAACAGCUACGCGUCUGACCCGCGGAGGAACUGA